CUACAUCGCACUAUCUCCUCGCUCGCUAUUCGCCAGAUCGUGGACCGCGCGCGUACACCCAAACGUCACGUCGGGUCUUGUUUUCAUCCUCGAUCACUCGUCCUCUCUUCUCUUCCUUUUCUUAUCUUUUUUUUUGUCCUUCCCUUCCAUACUCAUUCUUCUUUGCCUCGGUCAAAGAUAAUCCGCUAUAAUCUAUUUCUUCUUCCUCCUCUUCUUCUUCUUUUCCUUAUCUCUCUCUCCUCUAUAUUGACGAGUCGCGAAUUAAAAAGGGGACUUGCAACCGCUCGCUAGGAUUUAUUCUCGAAGACCCAACGAGUGAUCUUCGCGCCGAGUGCAACUUUUACUGUGAUCGAUACUGGGGCUCCGCUGCAGAAACACCUCGUUUUCGACAACAAGAAAGAAAAAUUAAGAGCCAUGAAUCUUGUGAUCGUCUAUGGGAAGUGUACUGGAUUAUUAUGAUUACUGCGAAUUAUCGGCCGUUUUUGGAUCUUCAAUUGCAAAGAAAUCGACAAAUACUUUGCUCAAUCAAUUCUGAACUUUUCGGUACCCUGCGACCUGGCAAGGCCGUUGUGUCGAGAAAAACAGAAGGGGGAGGGGGUUACAAAAUCCCUUGUACCAAUUUUGAUAUUCGGCAGAAUUACAGUUAUGCAUAAUUAAAUGCCAUUUUUUGGAAAAAAUUGAAAUCUUACACGGAGAUCAAGACGCAUAAGUUAAAUCUGAUAGUAAGAUAGAGAAAUCUGUCCGGUAUUUCUUCCCACUCUCUUUCUCGGAUAGCUCGUGAGUUACAUAAAGAAGAAUUUUACUGGUCAGUUAAUGAACCCGGUUGUGCGUGCACUCGAGGAACAUCCAACAACGACGUCGACGUCGAGGACAAAAACGCCGAGGACGACGAUUGGGCUGGUAUUACGCAAAAGCCAUGAAUGUAGGACCAACGGCGAUCCGACGGCGAGUGAAAGUGAAGCUGUGGGGAACGUGAGUCUUACCUGGACCAGGUGUGAAAGUGCAGUAAGACGAACGUAAGGAACACGUGGCGCGGUACCUGUCGAAACCGUACUAUCGACACGACCGCGACGGGGGACACGAGGACGAGACAGUAGUGAUGAUAACAAUGACGAUAAUAAUGAUGCAGAUGCGUGCUCAUCGCGAGAACAAUGCUCAGUGCAGUGACGGUAGAUGAUGAUUAUAACGAUGAUGAUGAUGAUGAUGAUGAUAAUAACGAUGCUGAUGAUGACCUCCUGUACACGCAACUCUCGUUUUGGGUCAACGUGCUCACCAUCAAAAAGCCUGUAGUAAUUAGUUACUUAUUUCUAAUGGAUUAUUUAAUCUUUUUCUAUUACACUUUCGUUCGGUUGACGAUCGACGGCGACGGUCUUGUUUAACAAGUUUGGAAAUUGAUCAUUCGAAAACUAUCGAAGAUCUCCAGUCCGAAUAUAAGUGCGAUUGAAACAAAGAGUUCUUUUUACAAACAUUGUUUAGAAAAAAAACGUUCGACUAAAGUAAUGUGAUUGAUUUGGAUCAAUUAGUGUUUUAUUAGCAUUAUAUUGAGUGAAAUCGAUUGUGUUACUGAUCAACGACUUCGAGAUCCUUUUUCUUUACAAGGUGAAUAAAUCGAAGAACAGAAGAUGAAGUUCAUUGCAUCUUUAUUCGGGACAAGGUCCCCGAAGGCGAUGGGUAGACAGUACAUGAAAGUCGGCAGAAACGCCCUUUUCGGUGUAACAAAUGACAACAGUGACAAUAUUUGUACCGAAAAAGUGCCAAGGCCGCUAUCCUUGCUAAUCACCAAAAAGGGAAAGCUCAGGCAUGGCAGGAUAGCAGCGAUCUGUCUAGGUCUUCUUGCACUUGUGAUCGGCAUAGUGCUCAGUAGCAUACCGUGGGUCGAUUACAUCAUAUUGAAACAAUUGCGACUAUGGAACGGCUCGAUCUCCUUUCAAUAUUGGCAAAAGCCAGGCGUAAUUCGAUUGACUAAAGUCUAUAUAUUUAACGUAACCAACACGGAAGGUUUCUUGCAGUUUAAUGAGAAGCCGAAACUCCAAGAAGUUGGUCCGUUCGUUUAUCGGGAGGAUAUGGAAAAAGUUAACGUUGUCUUUCAUAACAACGGAACCGUUAGUUUUCAGCAUAAAAAAAUUUUAAAUUUCGUGCCUGAAAUGUCUAAAGAUGGAGAUAUUAAACUAAUGGUGCCGAAUAUACCUUUGCUGACACUCUCGACGCAAAGUAAAAGUCUCCCUCGUUUCAUCACAAUGGGAUUGUCGAUUUUCUUGGGCGGAAUGCACAUGAAACCUUUCGUUCCUGUGACUGCGCAGGAAUUAGUCUUUGGAUACGAUGAUCCAUUAGUUAGCCUUGGUCAUAAAUUUCUUCCAAAAACAAGACGACCCAUGAGCAGAAUGGGUCUUCUUCUUGGAAGAAAUGGUACGUUAAGCGAGAUAUCUACGAUAUUCACUGGGCACACGGGUAUGAAAGAGUUCGGUUUAAUAAAUCGAUUGAACGGACUCGAUCAUUUACCAUACUGGCCGAACGCACCAUGCAAUUCCAUCACGGCUUCGGAAGGAUCUUUCUUUCCGCCGCGCGACGUGACUGGCGCGGACAUCAUUCACGUUUGGGAUAAGGAUCUCUGCAGGACACUACCGUUGCAGUAUCGCGGCCCGGCAGAAGCAGCGGGUAUCAAGGCGGAUUUAUACACUCCGUCAGAUGUACUUUUUGGUCGACCAAACGAGACAGCGCCUAUGGAAGAUGAAUGCUUCUGUUUGGAUGGCAUUGACACUUGUCCUCCACAAGGCUUGCAGGACAUUAGCCCGUGCCAGUAUAGUGCACCAGUAUAUCUUUCCUUUCCACAUUUUUAUAAGGCAGAUCCUAAACUGUUAGAUGCCAUUGAGGGACUCAAGCCGGUCGAGAAACUGCACGGAUCAUAUUUCAAAAUCCAGCCAAAACUAGGGGUGCCAAUCGAAGCGAAAGUUCGCGCACAAUUGAAUCUAAAGAUAGAACGACAGCCCAACAUUGGAGUAGUCGCGAAUUUUCCCGACAUAAUGUUCCCAAUCAUGUGGCUCGAGGAAGGCGUAGAGGAACUUACGCCAUCCAUCAGGCGGUUUAUUUACUUGGCGACCACGUUCGUCGACAUUGCUGUGCCCUGCUUAACGUACGGCAUGAUUCUAGUCGGACUGACGAUCAUCAUUACGGUGUUUGUGAAGGCAUACAAUAGCCCGGUAUUGGCACACGAGGCGAUCGAGCUGGGCAAGAGGACUAUCAGGAGAGGCUCGUCCUUCUUAAUAAAUGGCCAGCAUCGAUUGCUGGCCGGUCGGGAGUCCUACAUCCUACUAAGCAACAACGAUAUCGAGGAGAAGCAGGACAUUAUUGAGAUAUGACACUGCUCUGUGCUUGAAUUCUAGUAUAUAUAUAUAUUAAAAGCGCUGAUGCUAAGUGUACCUUUAUAGGAUGAACGAUAAUUAAUGACGCUUAGUUUCGAUUUCUCGUGAAAUUAAUUUCGAUAACAGAAAAUUUGUUGACAAACAAAAUAAUGUAUAUUUUUAUUGCGCUCUCGUGGAUUGGAACCUGAUGAUUAUCAAAAAAAUCUAGGAUUGUUAAUAAAAUUCAGGAAUCUCAGGAACUAAGGCGAUUAAGAUCUAUUUAGAAUUAAAAACGUAUGAUUCAGAGCACUUAAGAUGCUGAAAAUCUAGAAUCUAAGUAAUUUAAAACAUAAUUAAUCUGGAUUUUAAUUAAUACGUAAUUUAAGGUAUAUUUAGCGGAAUGUAGGACUUGCAUAAAGGAUCAAAGACUUCCGCAAAGAACUUUAUAUCAAGACUUUAAUUAUUAAUCAAGUAUGUAUUAAGAACUCUCAUAUAUACAACUUUUUUAAUACAGUUAAAAUGAUACUGAAAUGUUAUAAAUGUAUGAAUAACGAACGCUUCAUUUACAUAUUUAUGGUUUAUUCGGUUUUACAAUUUCAAAUAAAAACUACGUAUGUUAAUUUUUCCUAGAUUAUGAUUAGAAAGAUUGAGAAAACUUCAGUAUUAAAUGUUUUAAUAUACCAAAUGUUUUUUUUUUCCAAAUAUUUCAAGCCACAUGUCAUUUUAAUUGGAGUCAAUCAUAAGCAUAUUCCAAGUAUUAAAAAUGUUAAUACAUUUAAAUUUCUUGAAAAAAAAAUUAUGCAAGAAAUACGCAUGUACAUAUAAUAAAAUUUUUAUCUAAUUUAUGAUGACUAAUUUAUCUUAUUUAAAAAUUGAAUAAAAAAUGAAAGCUAGGCGUCAUUAAUUGGUAUAUAAUAAAUUAUUGUAAAAUAUAUUGGGUGAAACAUCUGCGCAGUAUGAUACGGCAUGGUGUAAUAUAAAUGUUUUAUUUGACUGUGUACACCAAAGUUUUGCUUUUGAUGGUCAAGAGGGUUAAUUAAUUAAUUACGAAAUAUGUGCAAGCCAAUAUUGGUUUGUAUUUCGUAUGUAAAAGAUUUUCUUUUAUUUUACACGGAUUUAUUCAACUGAAACCCGCGGAAAGUUUUAUUAUUUAAUGGAAUUCAAAUUCGCCAAAGAUGAUAUAUAUCCAUGAUCUUUCACAAUGUGUGAAAGUAACUUACAUUAUUAUAAUACUUUAUAGCUAUAAUGAAGUGUGUAAUACAGUAGUGUUCUUCUUUAUUAAUUAUGGAAGAAAAAACUUUUGGGAUUUGAUGGGCGUUCAUGGAUGUAUGUGUUAUAAUCAGGAAUCGCCUGAUAAUUUUUAGUAUCGCAAAAGAUCCCAAGAUCAUGUUAAAUAUGUUAUUGUGUCUGUGAUUCCGUCCUUAUUUAUAUAUGUAUAAUACGCAAUAUGCACAUAAAUAGAGAGCAACAAGGGGAGAAGCUACAUUGGCAAUUAUUGUGAAUGGACGAAACUUUCACUCGUAGCGAUUGAGCUACGUAAGAUGAUGCUUCUUCUCAAGGUGUCCAACUCGUACUCGGCCAUAAUAUCUAGUGCAAUAUUAGUGAUCGUAUGUUAUACUUUGAGUAUCGCCGCCAACGUAUGAUGAAACCACGACGAUUAGAAGUAAGGUCAGUUGCACCGACAACUUUAGCGCUACAUGUAUCUGUGUCUGAAGCUAAUUUCGGUUAGACGGUCGGGAGAGCGCAGCUCUAGUUAUAGAACAAUAUUGAAAAGGCAAAUUUAGAUAAUUGCAGUUAAUGUUAAUUACCGUCGGUGCGUUAUAAGUUAAAUACUGUCGGACGAUUAAUCAAAUGAGUGAUACAUCGAGGACAUAAUGCAACUACGUAUCACAUUUGAAUACUUGUAAUCUAUUCAGAGAAGAAAACACUAUAAGAUAAGCUUGUUAUUGCUCGCAAACGGAAUUUUGUAAUUGGACUUUAAUAAAAUACGUUUAUCCAUUA